AUGGCAAAUAACAAAACAGUAUGUCUUAUAUGUAAUGAAGAAAAAAUAACAUAUUCUUGUAGAGGAUGUUCAAAAGAAUUUUGUUUCAUGGAUUUAACUGGACAUCGUCAAAUAUUAACUAUUGAACUACAUCAUAUCAACAAUGCAUAUAAUGAAUUUAAACAAACAAUUAAUGAACAAAAACAAAAUCCAAGAAAUCAUUCAUUAAUAAAUCAAAUUAAUCAAUGGGAAAUAGAAUCAAUUGAGAAAGUACAGCAAAAAGCACAAGAAUACAGAGAAAUAGUUAUUAAAUCAUCACAAACAUGUAUUGAUGAUAUUGAAAUGAAAUUUAAAGAGUUGAAUGAACAAAUAAAACAAAUGCAAAAACAAAAUGAAUUUAAUGAAAUUGAUUUAGAUUAUUUAAGAAAUCAAUUAAAGGAAAUUACAGAAGAAUUAAAUAAUCCAUCAAAGAUUUCUAUUAAAGAAGAUUCACAAUCAUUUAUGAAUGAAAUUUCAAUUAUUUCAUCAAAAAAAUCGAAAUUCAAUAAAUGGAAACAAAAUGCCACCAUUGUGGUUGGUGGAAAUGGACAAGGACACAAAUUAAAUCAACUCUAUUACCCUGUUGGAAUCUUUAUUGAUCAAAAGAAACAUAUUUUCAUUGCUGAUUACUUCAAUCAUCGUAUUGUUGAAUGGAAAUGCAAUGCAAAAGAAGGACAAAUCAUUGCAGGUGGAAAUGGGCAAGGAAAUCGAAUGAAUCAAUUGAAUAGUCCAACAAAUAUGAUUGUUGACCAACAAAAUCAUUCAAUAAUCAUUGCUGAUCGUGGAAAUAGACGAGUAAUUCAAUGGAUGAAUCAAACUCAACAAAUUCUCAUUCACAAUAUUGACUGUUUUGGUUUGGCAAUGGAUAAACAGGGAUACCUUUAUGUUUCUAAUGAGAACAAGCAUGAAGUGAGACGAUGGAAAAUGGGGCAAUAUAACAAUGAAGGAAUUGUAGUGGCUGGUGGAAAUGGAGAAGGAAAUCAACUCAAUCAAUUCGAUUAUCCUAGUUUUAUCUUUGUUGAUGAAGAUCAAUCUAUUUAUGUAACAGAUACUGGCAAUCAUCGUGUGGUGAAAUGGAGAAAAGAUGCAAAAGAAGGGAAAAUUGUGGCUGGAGGAAAUGGUCAAGGCGAGAAUUUCAAUCAAUUGUCUUGUCCUCACGGACUCAUUGUUGAUAAUUUGGGUCGAAUUUAUGUGAUAGAUUUUUGGAAUCAUCGAAUAAUGCGUUGGUGUGAAGGAAAAGAAGAAGGUGAAAUGAUUGUUGGUGGAAAUGGUGAAGGAAAUCGAUCAAAUCAACUGAAUAGUCCUCAUAGCUUAUCCUUUGAUGAUGAAGGAAGUCUUUAUGUUGGUGAUUUUCGAAAUCAUCGAAUUGAAAAAUUUGAAAUAAUUCUGUAA